AAGCAGCCUCAGCUUCCUGGAUAGACACAAAACCCAAGCAGAGAGCAGAGCUGGAUCACACACACCGACAGGCACAACAGAAACAAGCAAACGGCCUGAUUUAGACCUUUAAGUAUGCUCUUAUCUCUUCUUUAACUCCGGCGUGUUUGUGGGAAAAUCGGCAGAGGGGGUGUGGUGAGACAAGGCGGUGACAGCACAGAUUGUCAGCCCAGUGUCCUGUACCACCACAUGUGUCUGUGCCACGGAGAGAGCACUGCGGCUGUGGACCCGGACCCGGACAGCUCCUACACCCGGUGCUCUGCUGGAAAGGAACAUGGAGACUGUUGCUCCCCUCCCUCCCCAGCAGAAGGGCUAGGAGCAGCCUGCACCGGGCUGCACUGACUGACACCUCCCUCCUUCCUCCCUCCCUUCCUCCCCUGAUCCACCAUGGCCACCAGAAGUCCCACUCUGAGCCUGGAAGACAGGGGCUCAGCACCGGGGUCCCCUGUGGCCGCUCCUGACCCUCAGCCAGGCCCUGACAUCCACUGCAAGCUGUGCCUCAGCGAGCACCCACCAGCAGCCACUAGUGUACUGCACACCUGCAGCUGCGUCUUCUGCACACCGUGUCUGCAGCAGUAUGUUCAGCUGGCCAUCAGGGAGGGUGGGGGAGCACCUAUCACCUGUCCAGACAUGACCUGCCAAAAGACCGGAGCGCUGCUGGAUUCUGAGAUAGCGAGCUUGGCCCCAGCAGAUCAGGUGGAGCUCUAUCAGCGUCUGAAGUUUGAGAGAGAAGUGCAGCUGGACCCCAGUAAAGCCUGGUGCCCGGUGGUCGAAUGCCAAGCGGUGUGCAGUGUGAAGCCGAGCACCGAGGGCAAGCCCACCGCUGUGCCCUGCCCAACCUGCCACACCGUCUUCUGCUCCGGAUGCAGAGGGCCCUGGCAGGACGACCAUACCUGUCCCGAGCGCCAGCCCAUGAUGUCAUCCUCACCCUCUCAUGAAAGCAGGGCACAGUCCAGCAGCGACACUGACAUGCCCAUCAAGCAGUGUCCUAUGUGUGGCAUCUACAUAGAGAGGAACCAGGGUUGUGCCCAGAUGCUGUGCAAGAGCUGCAAACACACCUUCUGCUGGUACUGUCUGCAGAAUCUGGAUGGUGAUAUAUUCCUGAGGCAUUAUGAUAAGGGACCAUGCAGAAACAAGCUGGGCCACUCCAGGGCCUCAGUUAUGUGGAACAGAACGCAGGUGGUGGGCAUCCUGGUGGGUGUCAGCGUCAUCGUGCUGGUGACCUCGCCGCUCCUCCUGCUGGCCUCGCCCUGCAUCCUGUGCUGCGUCUGCAAGCCCUGCCGAGGGAAGAAGAAGAAGAAGAAGAGGAAGAAGGAGCUGAGCCAGCCAGACUCCUCCACAUCAUAGUGGAGGAGCAGCACUGCAUUCAUCGGCCCGGCCCAGGAUCACUCCCCUAACCACAUGUAGCUGUGUGUCCAUGGAAACCAACAGGGUUAUUUUUUGUUUUUAUAGGUCUGAGUGUAAUUUAGGAGGAAAUAAAGAAACAUAUGGAACGCUGAAGUUCUUUUGCAUUACCCAGCACACGGGAUGCCUUUCCAGUGACUCGACUAGUGGGAACUGUUUCCAGAGAACAGUCAUGAGAUCAGUGAGCAGAGACUUCCCAGCUCCAGUUGAAACCUGCUUUGGCAAUGCUGCUGCUGAUGCAAUGAGAAAGGCAAGAUGGCACAGUAUGUUUCCUGAUGGAGCCAGACGACAAGUCAAAAGCAAAUUCUGCAUUGCUUCUGAAGAAGAGCUUCCUCUGAAAUGUGUGAUGACACAAGAAAAGCCCAAAUGUGACUUUUGAAUUCUAAAGAGACUAAUGUGGUGGCAAAUGUCUGGGUUUUGAUACUGCGGUUAGUCAUUCACACUAACCGAGCUGUUUCAGAUGCACAAGCGGCGUUGAGGAGAAGAAUCAGGUGGCUAAACAGGUUUUCUUGGUCCGGGCCUGUGUCUUCAGCCACCUCCCACACUCCCACAGACACAUGCAGUCCAGUCAAAGUGCAGCGCCACCCUCACGUGCCAAAAGUCAUGAUGCCAAACCAGUGGUGUUAGGUGCUCAAGUGCCUCACUCGACAGUGCCUGGUAUUUGCUGGUCUUUGUUUUGCCUUCCAUUCUGUCUUAUGCAAAAAUUUAGCAUUGCCGUUUAUGAGAAUAAACAACCGUCAAGAUUUCACAGGGAUAAUCAUCCCUAAACAAUGCAAAACAUCCUUUCAUAAAGUGAGGAGGCAAACGGCAUCAUGUGUGCACUCUAUAAUCCUGUACUGCGGAAAUGUUAUAGGGCUUCACUGGUGCACAGAGAUCUUUUCUUCUGUAAAUGUUUGAUGUUUCCACCUGGCGUUCGUUCCAGACCAAAGGCUGUAAUGGAUAAUGUGUGUUACUAUCAUGUGUGUAAAUAUGUAUUUAUGGACUGUGUGUGUAUGGUGUCCCGUUAUUGUUUCUACUUUUCUGUUGAUGUUUCUGCAUCGCAUAUUUUAUAAAAGCACCAUUGUAACGGAAAUAAACAUAUUGAACAUG